GUUUCUACAAGGAGGAUGAUCCCAGGUCAGUUGUACAAGUGUGUGAACGAGGUAACCAGACUGGAUAUGGGAGCUCAGGAUGCUGAGGAAUCAAAGAAGAUGCCCAGGAUGGCAGAGGCGGAAUUGCACAAGGAGAGGCUGCAAGCCAUAGCAGAGAAAAGAAAGAGGCAGACUGAAAUAGAAGGCAAGCGACAGGAGCUUGACGAGCAGAUACUCCUGCUGCAGCAUUCCAAGUCCAAAGUGCUUCGGGAAAAAUGGCUGCUUCAGGGUAUACCCGCUGGAACCGCUGAAGAGGAGGAAGCCCGGAGGCGGCAGUCUGAGGAGGAUGAGUUCAGAGUCAAGCAACUGGAGGACAACAUUCAGAGGCUGGAGCAGGAAAUACAAGCGCUAGAAAGUGAAGAGUCCCAGAUAUCUGCCAAAGAGCAAAUCAUCCUAGAGAAACUAAAGGAGACAGAAAAAUCCUUCAAGGACUUUCAGAAGAGCUUCUCCAGUGCGGAUGGAGCUGUGUACGCCAUGGAAAUUAAUGUGGAGAAAGACAAACAAACAGGAGAGACCAAGAUUCUCUCUACAUCCACCAUUGGCCCAGAGGGGGUCCAUCAGAGAGGAGUCAAGGUCUAUGAUGAUGGUACCAAAGUAGUAUAUGAGGUACAUUCAGGAGGCACCGUAGUAGAAAAUGGAGUGCACAAAUUGAGCUCAAAGGAUGUAGAAGAGCUUAUUCAGAAGGCUGGACAAUCAAGUUUAAGAGGAGGGCACGAGUCAGAAAGGACUGUGGUUGCAGAUGGGACCCUCAGCCACACUAAGGAACACAUGCUCUGCAAAGAAGCCAAGUUAGAAAUGGUACAUAAGUCUAGGAAAGAUCACUCUUCUGGGAAUCCAGGGCAGCAAGUCCAAGCCCCCAGCACCGAAGGGCCAGAGACAAACUUGGAUCAACCAGUCACCAUGAUUUUCAUGGGCUACCAAAACAUCGAGGAUGAAGAGGAGACUAAAAAGGUGCUAGGUUACGAUGAAACCAUCAAGGCGGAAUUGGUCCUCAUUGAUGAAGACGAUGAGAAGUCACUGCGGGAGAAGACAGUGACGGACGUGUCCACUAUUGAUGGGAACGCAGCUGAGCUUGUGUCCGGGAGGCCAGUCUCAGAUACCACCGAGCCCUCGUCCCCAGAAGGGAAAGAAGAGAGCCUAGCCACAGAGCCAGCCCCAGGUACCCAAAAGAAAAAGCGCUGUCAAUGCUGUGUUGUCAUGUGACCACUUCUUUCUCCCCCUUUCUUCUGGGUGGCCUCUGCGCUCUCCACCACUCACGUAGACCUCACUACGCCACUAACUGCAAUACUGUGAACUGGAAGCAAACACCUGCCUUGCCUUGCAGUUGGAUUGCUUUGAUCUCUUUCUUUCCCCCUUUAUGUUUUUCUCCAGUUUCCUCACCUGAGAGACAAUGUGCAUGUGUGUGCUUCAUUCUUUCCAAGAACUUGCUUCCCCUUCUAAACCUUUCCUUGUGUCUUCAAGAGUGAAUCAAUUCCUUACUGCUCGAUUGGAAUGGACUCUUCACAUCAGCCAAGUUACAUAGUAGCCUUAAUUUACUUGACUGAAAUUGAACCCAUGGGCACCAGGGGUUUCAUUUUGUAGUGUGAUCCUGUAACGUAGUCAUAUAUCACUACGUCGAUGAUUUCUCAUUUGCCUCCCUUGCUGUGGAUCUUUGCUUUUAUAUCUUGUGUGGCAAAAUGCUCUUGGCUCUAGCCAGUUGCUAGUGUAGCCAAAAGUGGACCUUACUUAGAUGUCCAAUCUAGGGUAAUGCUUUUUGCUGCCUUACGUAAGCUUCCAGAUUACAGUAUUGUGCAUCUAUGGCUUUCCUUCUGUUAAAACUGAAGUGAACUUGAUGUAAGAGAAAAGAACCCAGUGCUUGUCACAGCUGGAAUGUAGGGACUGGUUCUGUAAGCUGCCCAUCAGCAGCUCUCUCUCUUCCUAUGGCUUAACUGAUGGACCCUUUAGCAAAGAAGCACCCUUUUUAAUUUUCUAAGGAAAUGAAACAUUGUUUUAAGCGUUAGUAGUGAUCUCCCAACAUAGGCAAAUCUGCAAGCCUUGCUUCUACUCUCUCAAAAAAUUGUAAAUUUUUAUAUUGCUUUCUUUUUCACGGAUAUUUUCUGAUCUUGUCAAUCUGUUUUCAACGAAGGGAUCAUUUUGAGCAGUAUCUCUGCAGUAACCAUAUUUCUAAAACAGUCUUUCUGACCUACAGUGGUUGCUGCAAUAUGCUCUCACUUCAUUGUGGAUGGUGCUGUAACUUAAUUACUGUUCAUCUUACCUGCCCAGCUCAUUAUAGAGCCUUACUUCUGGGCUUUUUUCUUUCUGUCCCCAUGAGAAAGAGAAUGUUUUCUAUAUUGUCACUAUGUAGGUUUAUCCACCCCUCAAAAUAACCAUAAAAUGUAAAAAAAUUUUUAAAGAUUAAGAAAGACCUAUCUUUCCACAAAUACUCAGUGGCACAUAGCUGAGCUUCUUAAAGCAUGUUUCUUAAAAUUCUGGAGGUUUCAGAACAUUGCAUCAAAGAAUAGUUCUUAAUCUGCAACACAAUGAACAAUUCUUUGAAUAAAUUCUUAGCACUCCCCCAGAGCACACAGCCACGUGUAUAGUAAAACCAAAGGGAACCAAUUUAUUAAAAUAAUAAUGUGUUAAUAAAUAUGUAACAUUUUAACUGAUUUUAGUAACAGAGAUAUCUUAACUUCAUUUGCCCAAUGGUCGUAGCAUUGUAAAUCAUUCACAAACCUAUGUUCCCUAGGACAUAGGUUUCAACAAACAUUCAAUAAAACAUACUACAUCAAGUUUAACCUCUGUGGAAAGCAAAUGAGAAAAAAAAAGUAAGUCUUGAGAAAAACUUUAUACCAAGACAAUUAAAUUUGUCUUAAAUAGCUUUCUUAGUGCUAAAUCUAACUUUUUUUUUUUUUAAUUUCUUGGCCUGAAAUUAUAUUUAUUCCAAUUGGGAAAGAAAAUAAUAUUUUUUGUGGUUCAAAGUUAAUCUUUCUCAAAGAAUUAUAUUUUAAUGAGCACGGAGUGAGUCAUUUUAUCACCACUGUGUAAACAAACAAGUGGAAGAAGGAAAAAGGAGCUGAAGUUCUGCCUUCUUAGAUGAUUCCAUACAUGGCUUGGUUUUGGACAGCUGAGGGAAUUACCUCUCAGUCUCAGGUUCACCAACGCAGCUGUAAUCGAAGGAAAUUGCUCUCUUAUCUAGAAAUAAUAAUCUGAUGUGUGGCUGUAAAUCUCACUGUUCUCAGCUUCAUGCUCCUCAGUAAAUGGUCUCUAAAGCAUCAUUUAACAUUAAAUAAAAGGACAUGCCAGGUAAACCUAUUUACAUAGAAAAAAACAGCUCCAGUGUUUUGGACAAUCUAUUAUUUUAAUAAUUUAUCUAAGGAAGAAACAAUCUAAAAGUUUACCGUAACUUAUCUUUUUUUACUCACUUGGGAAUUAAAACUAUUCAAUAUGAGUUUUUAAAAGCACAGGAAGUGAAAUGGUAGAAUUCAGAACCUUUGGGCUUGCCGUGUGAUAAACAGUCUUCUAGGACUGAUAAUUCCCUGAAAUGACCUUUCCUUCCUUCUAUAAAUGACCUAGUUCCCCUCUCACCACAACACUACCCAUAAGAUUCAAAAGACCAACGAUAAUCUCAUUCUCAUUCAUCAAUUAUUAUUAUAAGGAUUGGCAAAUUAUCUAUGAGAGUUCUUUCUAUACUUUUAGUAUUAAAGCUUAUCACUUGAUGAUUUUUAAAGACGUGUUACCUUUAUUAAAAUGCUUUGAGGCCACAGUAAGUGCUUGAGGUGUGUUUGAUUAUGGCAUAUAUUUGCGUAUUAUACAUCAUUCCCUGUCCUAAUGGGGUUCCGCCUCAGCCAGUACUUUUAUGGGGUGAGUCCCCUACCCUUCAUAAUGAAAAUGUCAACACCUUUGUGAUUGUGAACAUCCUGCCUUCCCUGUUGUUAUUGGCAUUCUCUCUGUCAAAACUUUCUUAUGUAAGGUUAUCACACCCUCCCAAAAUACAGGGUAUUGACUUAUAUACAAUGAGACUAAGUAGAGAAUUAAUAAUGAAGCUGCAAACCAUGAUCUUUUUUGAGCUAAUGGUUAGUUAGACUUUCUUUUAAAAUCAUAGAAAGAGGAGAAAGAGGGAAAGGAGGGAGAUUACAUUUGUUUAUAGAGAUUUUCAGUGGCGUUUAAUUCAAGAUCCUUGAAUAGAUAAAAUGAUAAAGUAUAGCUUUACAUAUUCUGAGAAGUCUUGAUGAUGUGUAUAUCCUUGCCACUGUUUUCCUUUGAUGUGCAAUAGGACAAAUUAAGGGGAACUCUUUUUUACUUUGUACCUAUUAAUAAUUAUAUUGGUUCCUUAUAUAAGUAAAACUUAGUUGCCUCUAACAGUGAUUUGACAAUGUCCAGUGGUGUCACUUGGGGUUGUGAGUAGAGAGGACAAGAGGCUGGGAAUUCCCUUGUGACCAAACCCAAAACAUCGUUUCCUUAAACCUCCUGAGGUCUAAACAACCUGAAAUUAUUUAGACUUUUAGAAAGUAAACAAAUCCUAGAUUCAUUUGAUUUGACUUCUUUCUGAAAUGUUAAUAGACAUGUAUAUGCUUCAAAUUUCUGCCUGUUCUAGUUUCCUCCAUAUAUGGCUAUAUAGUUUCCUAGAGAGCUCUAUUUCUGUCAUCUCUAGAGCAAAACGUGGAUGCCAAGUGUGAAAACAACUAAUUUCUCUUCACUUCCUUCAGAAUCUCCCUUCAAGGGACUGCAGAACACCCUUGACAAUGACCAUUUGUUUAAUAUAAGUGAACCAAUGGACAGCAAAAGAGGAAGGAGGACAUAGCGUGACAGAGGCAAAAAUGAACUAUUAGACAAGUUCUUGUCAAACAGCAUUAAAGUCCUGUCAAUUUAAGACAUAGGUGAACAUAGACAAAAUAUGCACAGAGGGUGGUUUUUUGGUCUUAUGAUCUAGAAGCUCAGCCAUCUCUGUCACUGGAGCCACUAUGGAGUUGAACUCACCCAAGGUCCCAUUCCUUGUGAGAAUAUUCUCAUCUCUUGAAAUGUUACUUUGUUUACAAACAAAAUCCAUUCCAAGGCUAGGAGUUUUAAGUUGUGUUUUUGGUUAUUGUAACCACAAAUUUUCAGUAUAGUUAAGAUACAAGUUUCAGAAACAUUGUAAAUAUGCAAUCUAUUCGAAGUUCCUCAAUUUACUAACCAAGGUCUGCAAGACCUGCACUGAUUAGGAUAGAACUGGAAAGUAUCCUUUGUCCUGUUGGCUAGGGCAACCCAGCAGGUACAGGAAGUUAUGGUCUGUGUCACCAAACAGCUCCAAGUCAUGAGCAAGAUGUGAUCUCUGAUUACUGCUACCAGUUCACCUUCAUGGUGUAGCCCUCUUCUGGUCUUAUCAGGAAAACUUUACUGCAUUUUCUAGGGACAAAGAAAUGUCACUCUUUUAUAAGGAGCACAAUGCAGUUAUAUGUCCAUAUUUUUGUAGCUUCAGUAAACUCCAUAAUAAAAUUCCCAUUUUAUAAAAACCAAUAUACUAAUUAUUUGAAUGUAGAAAAAAAAUAGAAUAGAGAUUACAUCCGGAAAGUUUCAAAGGGCAGUUUCACUGGGGAUCCUUAGACCAACCUCACCCUUCCCACUUAAGUUUUAUAUGACUUAAAUAGGCCUCUGCUUCCCCUCUCCACGCCAGUCUAGCAUAGGAUGGUCAGAACCAUAGCAAAUAAACAGUUGCUUUUAACAUGAAAAGACAAUAUGUAAUUUUGAGGACUGCAGGCUUACUGCAUCAAAGAUCUGGACAGCCUUAACUUUUAUAAAAACAAAAUCGUUUUUCAAUGCUCUCUUUUACUAAGCAGGAAAACAAAAUGUUUCCUGAAAUUAAUGACUUUUGUAUAUUUUUGACUAUUUUCUAAGUUUCUACAGGUUGAGGUGUAAAUGGUCGUCUCCUCCCCUAAUGCCUCUUACUAGUCACCUGAGGCUAUUUUUUGCAAGGCACUGCCUUUUUAUCAAAAGAAAAGUGUGUCUCAUAAACCAUAAAAUUCUCCCUAGACUUCAGGCAGUCCUUCUGGAGUGAAAGAACAGAAAUACACAAAGAAAAGAAUUACAGGGUGGCUUUCUUUUAUUUCCUAUGAUUAAUGUACUGUAUGGUAUAUAUGUUUACAGAAUGUAUCUGCCUUGUGAUGUUAACAAAAUGAAUGACAAAAAGAGUUCUGAUGUGCCAUUUUUGAAAGUUUGCCUUAGCAUCACUGUUUAUGUUCUUCGUUUCUGUCCUUUUAAAACUGCAGGUUGUGUUCCAAAGCUGUAUUAACACAACAUUCUCUUCCCCACCCCUACCCAGCCCUCUUCAGAGCUGUGAAUUUCAUCACAGGAGCCUUGAGGUAGAACCUUGCAGGUCUGGCCCCAGGGGGGAAUAAAGACGGCAUAGCUUGGGCAUUGCCUCAGCCCCCUCUGCCAAGUAACCACGUCCCUGUGUUCUCUUCUGAGCCUGCUUCUGCAGUAUCAGACUCGGACAUUCCUGGGACAGGCCACAUGGAACUCAUGACCUCUGGCAGUCCUUCCCACUGUAGGGAGGUGAACUUGUGGACUCUCUAUCUGGGUCUGGGAGUGUAUUCUUAAGCACAAUGGGCAUAGCUUGAAAAAACAAGAGAGUUGGACUCAAAGGGCGUGACUGAGCCAUAACUGAGGGGUAUGCCCAUUCAUUAUAGUCUAAGAUGAGUAGCGUGAUAUGGGUGGGAGUAAGGAGAGGCUAUAGAAAUGGAAUAUUUUACCUUUAUGUAUUUUUUUAGGGAAAAAUAUUUUUAUAAUGAAAUCUAUAUGUAUUAUGAAGCUUGAGUUUGAAAAUACCCUUGAUUUAGUUAUUCCUCCAUUCCCUUCAGGUAACUUUCUGGUGAGUUCUGUAGCGCUAGCCCACCCCUUGGAAGGAGUAUGAAUGAAAGUUCCGUGACCUGCUGCUGCACUACCACUGCAUGAAAUUCAGUUUUUCCAAACAGACCUAGGUUGUAAGAUCAAGCUUUCUAUACCUGUGACUAGAUAAACUAUGUUUUAUGGCUUAGCUCUCUGAGCAACACCUUUAAUAAUAUAUAAGGAUCUUUUGGAAUCAGAUAGCUACUUUAAAUAUAAGCCAAGCCCAGCAACUAUCAAAGUCCAUUUCUCACAUAUUUAAGGAGUAAUUGCUACUUUUGAGGUUAAGGGACCACUCACUAUGGUACAUUUGAGUCAUAUAUGUGAAAUAUUGAGUCAAAAGUACCUGGCCAUCUGCAGCAUACAUAUAAAUGUGUAAAUGACAAUAUAAAACUUACCAGGUGUUGUUAGCCUUGUAAGUAUCAGUGGGACUGCAUCAUACUUCAGAGUUAAGUAAAAAUAGGGAAGAAUUGUUUUUAUCCAUCCAUAACAGAAAUUCUGAAUUUUUAGAGUUCUUUUCCCCUAUUUUUUUUGCUGCCAAAUUCCUGAGUUUCCUUUGCAGUCACACUCAGUUUCAUGAAGAUUUUCACCCACAUCUGUUCCUCCCUCUGGCAGACAGAGCAGCUCAAGCCUCAGAGUCUCUUCAUCACUUCUGUUAGAGUCUCUUACCAGGCAGUGUCCUUCCUCUCUCUGCACCCUUUUCUCCUCCCCUGCAAGACUAAGAUCCUUUGUCCGACAAGGCCAGGUCAUACACACUCCCUCUGUUUCAAGAAAAAUAAUCCCUUUGGUUUCCACGCAAAUCAUUUUCCUUUCUUCACCACUAGCAUCCUUCCAACAGGCUCAACUCAAAGCCAGCUGUGAGCAUUAGCCUCAUGGAGACAACUCCAAAAAUGGAAGAACUGUGCAGUACCUGUGGGUGCUGAGGGAGAGCCAGCCUAGGCUCGCGUAACCCCGGGAGGCUCUCAAUCUCUAGCAGACAUGGGCAGGGAGCCAUCCAGUCCCUUGGUUUUGCAACAAGUCUUCAUGAACAAAGAGGCCGCUGGGCAAUGCCUGAUCUGAACUACUCUGUGUGCAGCCCCUCCAAUUCUGUGACUCCCUAUUCUAGUGGAAAGAGUGCUAGCCUUUGUGGGGUUCUGGAACAUUCUAUCCUCCUCUCAAGCUCCUGACCUAGUAGAGUUAAAAUCAUACAGGGGUUCUAGAAAAUGUUGUGUCUGAUGCAGCUUUUCAGUGAAUGUAGGUUGUUGAUGGAAUUUUCAGCUUUAGCAGCUCACUCGGGAUGAGUGACGUCUCUGUAAAUAUACCCAUUUUGUGGUUGGUUGGGUGGGGGGGGGUGGGAGCCUGUCGUGCUUACUCUGAAUUAGACUUGCUGGGCUAGCUGCUGUACUUUGUAACCUGAAGUGUACUUUGACUGUUCUGUUUCCUUCGGAUGAAAACAAAACAAAAACCGACAUCAGAAAUAACACUGCCAGUGACAGCCGAUGCUGUACGUGUAGCUUCUCUCUGUUCUUCUGUACAGUAUUAAUAGACAAUAAACUGCCUUUUCACUGCA